AGUCAGAGAAGACACCGGCAGCUUUUCAAGCAGCACUCAUCAAUAUUCAAGGACAAUCUCCUGAUAUACUAAUGGAUGACUUGGCUAAAGGUACUGAAGUAUCAAAAGUGUUUGCUGAGAACCACCCAAUGAGUAUUGCUGUAGAAGGCCAACCAGUGAUAAAGAAAAAAAGAGGAAGACCAAAGAAAGGAGAGAGACCUCCAAAACCAGUAAUAAAGGAAGAAUUACUAGAGGGAGAAAAUGAUGAAGACCUAAGGAAUGAUGCCCCAAGGAGAUCCAACAGGAGAGCCAGUCUGCCUACAAGAUACCGGGAUUCCAUCGCCGGACGAGAUUUUGAAAAACUUAUGAAUGAAUCUGGUGUAAAAGAGGAACUGGAAGAUAUAGAUGAUUUUGAUGAUGCAGACUACAAACACCAGGGUAUGUCUAUGCCUUCUGUCCUAGGGAUCAUAGAAAAAGAAGAAAACAUGGAUGGUGAAAGAAAUACAAGCUUGGGCAAAAUUGGGGAAGAUGGUGCAAGUAUUGUCAUUGCUCCAGACACAUCAGGACCUCCAUCAGAUUUGCCAGUGUCUGUCAACAUUGAAGUCGACUUCCAAGAUGAUGGUAAUAUUACUUUACGUGGAAUGGAAGAUUUGGCUGAUGGCAAAGAUAAACCUCCAGUUGCUUCUGUCAGCUCAGUACAGAUUACAACUGUCGGUGAAUCUAUCAACAUGCCUCCAAAAGCAUCGUUUAGUGAGCCAACCCUCUUUCGAAAGAAGCGAGGAGCUAAAAAGAAAGCCAAAUGGUUGUGUGACAUCUGUGGCAAAGGUUUUCUACACAAGGGAAGAUAUCUUUUACACACGUAA